UGCCCUUUCAAAUACAGAGGCAGUUUACAUAAUGUAUUUUCCGCUGCGUUAGAUUAUGAACAGGCUAUCAAUGUGCUAUUUAAUUUCACACCACGGGUAGUAGAUAGUUUGGCUGUUACAGGUUUAUUUUGGCGGCCAUUUUGUAGGGGGAAUGCAGUUCAGACAGGCGGGAAUGAGCUUCGUGUCGAGGACGCGCUUUUCGUGCAUACGGUUGUCUAAGCGAUAGCUAGUGCUGUCGGUGGUGUGAUCGAGUUUAACGGCCAGAGAGGGGGGGUCCCUUGCGAAUGCACAUCGCUAGUUAUAGCGGUGCAACAAAUACCCACAUUUUAUUUUAAUCGUUUAUUUUUUAUUUAAACACUACUCACCCCCCCGUUCACCACAACAUGCAACACGUAGUUGGAUAUUAGUACUAACAGUUACAGUGAAAGCUAGUUAGUUAGCCAGCUAACGUUAGCUAGCCUCCCAGACUCAGAAGCUACGAUAAACCGAACGUUACCCGUUUGCUAACGUUACAUGGUUUCUUAAGUGAAACAGCGGCCACGAAAGAAUCAACGGAGAGAUAAUGUCUAUUUUGGAUGACAACCUAGCCAUCGCAAUGCUACCCAAGCGGUACCACAUCUGUUACCUGUGAACUGCUCAAUUAACUAGCUAGUUUGCGCUGGGCGGACCGCGCCGAACCUCCGGUUUCAUCCUGCGCUCUUUCUGGACUGCGUUUUGGAGACUAAACUCACUGAAGACCCGAGUUUUUGACGGGGAUUUAUUGCAAAAAACGACACUAACCUCUCGUUAUUAGGAUAUCUCACCCAUCAGAGGGGUGACAGUUUGGGGGUGGGGGGGAUUGGUUUACCGGUUUUUAUUCUGCCCGGUACCUGUGGUGGAGGCUAGGACGGAGGGAGAGAGGAAUACUGAUAAUGGCUGCUCCGGGAAGCUGGAAACGAACCACCGCCUGAGGUGGAAGCAGCUCAGGAUGCAAGCCCCCCUCCUCUACCCUCUGCCAGCCUGCCGCCUUGGGCUUCUCCCCCGCUGAGCCAACCAUGUCGAGCCAGCAUAGCCACCCCUCCUUCAGCAACAUCCACUCCAUGGCUGAACAGCAGCAGGUGCUGUCUGAUGCGACCAUACUGCAGAGGAGGAUCCCCCCAAGUUUUAGAGAUCCCGCCAGCGCCCCGCUGAGAAAACUCUCUGUCGAUCUGAUCAAGACUUACAAGCACAUCAAUGAGGUGUACUACACAAAGAAGAAGCGGCGUGCCCAGCAGGUGCCCCCGGAGGACUCGAGCACUAAGAAGGAGCGGAAGGUGUACAACGAUGGCUACGACGACGACAACUACGACUACAUCGUCAAGAACGGGGAGAAGUGGCUGGACCGCUACGAGAUUGACUCGCUCAUCGGCAAGGGCUCCUUCGGGCAGGUGGUGAAAGCCUAUGACCACCACGAGCAGGAGUGGGUGGCCAUCAAGAUCAUCAAGAACAAGAAAGCUUUCCUGAACCAGGCCCAGAUAGAGCUGCGACUGCUGGAGCUCAUGAACAAACACGACACCGAGAUGAAGUACUACAUAGUCCACCUGAAGAGGCACUUCAUGUUCCGGAACCACCUGUGCCUGGUGUUCGAGCUUCUCUCCUACAACCUGUACGACCUCCUGCGUAACACCAACUUCCGCGGCGUCUCUCUCAACCUGACCAGAAAGUUUGCCCAGCAGCUGUGCACGGCGCUGCUGUUCCUGGCCACGCCCGAGCUCAGCAUCAUCCACUGCGACCUCAAGCCCGAGAACAUCCUGCUGUGCAACCCCAAGCGCAGCGCCAUCAAGAUCGUUGACUUCGGCAGCUCCUGUCAACUAGGCCAGAGGAUCUACCAGUACAUCCAGAGUCGGUUCUACAGAUCUCCGGAGGUGUUGCUGGGCAUGCCCUACGACCUGGCCAUUGACAUGUGGUCCCUGGGCUGCAUCCUGGUGGAGAUGCACACGGGAGAACCCCUCUUCAGCGGCUCCAAUGAGGUGGAUCAGAUGAAUAAGAUAGUGGAGGUGCUGGGGGUCCCUCCCAACCACAUGCUGGAUCAGGCUCCCAAAGCACGGAAGUACUUUGACAAGCUGUCCGACGGUCUGUGGACCGUCAAGAAGAACAAGGACAUAAAGAAGGUACUUUACCCCUCGGCCUCUGAGUACAAGCCUCCUGCGACGCGGCGGCUCCAUGAGAUCCUGGGGGUGGAGACCGGGGGUCCUGGCGGGAGGCGGGGCGGAGAGCAGGGGCACGCUCCCUGCGAUUACCUGAAGUUCAAGGACCUGAUCCUGCGCAUGCUGGACUACGACCCCAAAACGCGCAUCACGCCCUUCUAUGCGCUGCAGCACAACUUCUUCAAGAAGACGACGGACGAGGGCACCAACACCAGCAGUUCCACCUCCACCAGCCCGGCCAUGGACCACAGCCACUCCACCUCCACCACCAGCUCCGUCUCCAGCUCCGGUACGGGACACAGCAGUGGAUCUAGCGGUUCUUCCAAUGACAACCGGAAUUACCGGUACAGUAACCGGUACUACAACAGUGCAGUUACUCACUCAGACUAUGAGAUGCAGAGUCCACAGGCUCCAUCUCAGCAGCAGCUACGCCUCUGGCCGGGGGGAGAGGGGGGCAUGGGUCCCCUGUCCAACAGCGGCAGUAGCGUCGGCGACCCCCCAUACCCCCAGCUGCUGCUGCACAAGCCGGCGGCCACCCAGCACUCGCGCCACUUCCUGGGAGGCGGUGGCGUCGGGGGCAUGAUGGAACCACACCACCCACACCCCAUCUACGGCAGUCACCACGGCAACGGGCGGGGCCUGCGGCAGACUGGGCAGGGGAACCAGCCCCAGGGCCAGGCUUCGCAGGGCCAACAGGGCCAGCCCCUGAUGCCCAUCUCCUCCCCACAGAUGCCGGACAGCAUCGAGCUCAGCCUCACACACCACCACCAUCUGGGUCAGUCUUCCAUCAUGCCGCCCCCAUCCAGCUUGGACUCCAGCCAGUACGGCUCCUCCAACCUCCACCUGGGCCUCUCUGCCUUUCGGACUAGGACGGUCAUGGCCCCCCAGCCGCCCCCCGCCGGCUCUCAGCAACAGUUGGCUCAGCCCCCAGCCUCUCAGGACAGCUUGGUCGCUGCCUCCGGGCUUGGAUACAUCCCCCCAUGCUACCCGGGAAGUAACAACAAUAACAACCCUCCCCAGGGUAGCGUGGUCGGGGGCGGGAUGCUCACCGGGGGGCCCCCACCCAGGGGAGUAGGGGGUGGUGGGGGGAGGCCGGACUCUGAGGAGUCCACCAUGAUGGGUGUGUGCGGCAGUGGAGGAGGCGGUGGUCAGAACGCGGCCAACUCUUGAUAAAUCUUGAACAAAUUCCAAAAGCCAUACAAUUUUAACAAUGACAACAUUACAAUUUCAACACGCAUACAUAUACAUUAUACACACUUGAGUUUGAAACAAAUACGGCCACACAUACAGAGUUACAGAGACAAACUUGUGAAAUAUCAAAGGAGUUUUGUUUUGUUUUGCAUGGGAGAAGGUCGAGGGAGAGUAAGAGAGGGAGAGUAAGAGAGGGAGGAGUAAGAGAGGAAAGGCUUUGAAACCAUUUUGAUCCUUUUUUCAGUUUCUUUGUUUUUCUUUUGUUGAAGGAAAGAAACGGGGCUCAGUAGUUGGAAUGGAAAGUUGCAGAUAAGUUUGUUUUUAUUGUUAUUAAUAUUAUUAUAUUAUUUGAUUUUAUGUGAUUUAAGGAAAGGUUUGCAGCGAGAUUUUUGUUGUUUGGGUUGUUUUUUGGAAUGAAGACCGCAAAGGUAAAUGAAUGGUUUGAAAAGUGGUAAUUGUUGGUUAAGAAGAGGGAGGCACGAGAGAGUACCCUUAUGCUAUUUUUUUCAAUCUUUUUUAUUUUCUUUGUUUUUGUUUAGUUUUUCUGAAGUCUAGGUUUAAUUGUACAUGUUUUAUUUAUUAAACAUCACUACAUGAG